AUGGGUCAAUAUAAAAUAAUUGAAUCUGAACCUGAAAAUCCGUUUGCUUCACUUGUGCAAAAUCAAACUAUUGUGGAAAUCCCAGAAUUUGAAUUGGAAUCUGGGGAAGUUUUAACAAAAAUUCCAUUAGCUUAUAAGACAUGGGGUCAAUUAAAUGAAGCCAAAAAUAAUGUAUUAGUUAUAUGUCAUGCCUUAACAGGCUCUUCAGAUGUUAGUGAUUGGUGGGGUCCAUUAUUAGGUCCUGGAAAAGCUUUUGAUCCAACUAAAUUCUUCAUAAUUUGUUUAAAUUCUCUUGGUUCUCCAUAUGGUUCUGCAAGUCCUGUUACAAUUGAUCCAAAUACUGGUGAAAGAUAUGGUCCUGAAUUCCCACUUUGUACCGUGAGAGAUGAUGUUAAUAUUCAUAAAUUAGUAUUGGAUGAUUUAGGUGUAAAGCAAAUCGCAUGUGUUAUUGGUGGUUCAAUGGGUGGUACUUUAGUUUUAGAAUGGGCAAUUUUUGGAAUUGAUUAUGUUCGUAAUAUUAUUCCAUUAGCAACAAGUGCAAGACAUUCAGCUUGGUGUAUAAGUUGGAGUGAAGCUCAACGUCAAUGUAUUUAUUCAGAUCCAAAAUAUCAAGAUGGUUAUUAUGAUCCAAAAGAUCCUCCAAGUUCUGGUUUAGGUGCUGCAAGAAUGACUGCUUUAUUAACUUAUCGUUCAAGAAAUAGUUUUGAAUCAAGAUUUGGUAGAAAAGAUCCAAGUAUUGUUCAAAAUAAAAAUUCUUCAAAACCUCAAUUAAUUAGAGAAUCUUCAACUCCACGUGAAGAAAAUUGGGCAAUUCAUAAUGAAGGUCAUAAAGGUAGAAAAUUACAUAAUAAUCAUAAUGAAUCACCAAGACCAAGAUCUGAUUCUCAAAGUUCAACAAAUUCAAAUACUUCCACAACAUCAUCAAUUCGUAAUAAACAUCAAACUUUUUUCACUGCUCAAAGUUAUUUACGUUAUCAAGGUGAAAAAUUUAUUUCAAGAUUUGAUGCAAAUUGUUAUAUUUCAAUAACAAGAAAAAUGGAUACUCAUGAUUUAUCUCGUAAUCGUGAAGGUGAUUUAGAAGAUAUUUUGAAAAAUUUAAAACAACCUGCUUUAGUUAUUGGUAUAAGUUCAGAUGGUCUUUUCACUUAUACUGAACAAGAAACAAUUGCUAAAUUUAUGCCAAAUGCUAAAUUAGAAAGAAUUAAUUCUCCUGAAGGUCAUGAUGCAUUCUUAUUAGAAUUUGCAGCUAUUGAUAAAUUAAUUAUUGAUUUCUUAGCUGAAAAUUGUAAAGAAAUUGUUCAAGCUCCUGGUAUUGAAUGGAAUGAAGCUAUUGAAGAUGUUAAAGAUUCUGUUUUCGGUGAAGCUGAAGAUGUUACAAACUGGUGA